AUGCCUCUGAAAUUCCUUUCAUACCAAGCGAAAUGGAUUGGCGGACCCAGGCAUUUGUAUGAAUGCAUGUCAGCCUCGUUUAUUUGGUGUUGCCCUCCGGGACUCUCGAUAAAGCACAACACCGUCUUACCAGAUGCCGGUUGCAUUCGAGCAACCGAAAACCACUGA